GUUUACGAUCACGUCAGAAAGCUUGGUAAAUUCGAUUUGGUACUAUGCGAACUGACGCAUCCUGAAUUCUAUCACUUGGACACUUGCUUCACACCCGUCAGCGAGAAAUGCGCCUUAUGGUAUCCACCUGCCUUCCAGGAACCAGCCAAGAAAGAAAUUAUGAAACGAAUGCCCGACUCUGUGGCCGUGAACGAUGCUGAAGCGAAAGCUUUCGUUUGUAACGCGAUUACGGUACGAAAUACAGUAAUAGCGCCCAAAGGGGUGGCUGAAACGACGAGAAGCGAGAUGAAGAAACGUGGAUUCGAAGUUGUCGAAGUGGACAUGAGUGAAUUCAUGAAAUCGGGUGGUGCAUGUCAAUGCCUUGUGCUGAAACUUUGA